AUGGGCUUGCUGCUCAAGAUUCUCAUCCCUUUGCUGGGAGCAGCACUGGCCUUUUAUUUUUACUCAGCACCUGAGAACUUCAAUGAAGAGAUGCUCCGGGGGAAGCGGGUGAUCGUGACGGGAGCCAGCAGCGGCAUCGGGGAGCAGAUGGCAUAUCACCUGGCACGGAUGGAGGCACACCUGCUGCUCACGGCACGCACAGAGGCCAAGCUGCAGAAAGUUGUGGAGCGGUGCCUGGAGCUCGGCGCUGCCUCCGCCCGCUACAUCAGCGGCUCCAUGGCCAGCCCCAGCCUGCCCGAGGAGGUGCUCAGGGAGGCUGAGAACACCUGGGGGGGCCUGGACAUGCUCAUCCUCAACCACAUCGGCCAGAGCGGCUUCACCUUCUUCAGCGGGGACGUGGAGCACGUCCGCAGCCUCAUGGAGACCAACUUCGUGAGCUACGUGGCGCUGGCCACGGCUGCCCUGCCCCUGCUGAGGGAGAGCGAGGGCAGCAUCGUGGUGGUCUCAUCCAUAGCAGGUAAAAUUGCCGGCCCUUUUACUGCUUCCUAUUCGGCAACCAAGUUUGCCCUAGAUGGAUUUUUCAGCUCCUUGAGGCAGGAGCUCAUCAUAGACAAGAUCAACGUUUCCAUCACACUCUGCAUCCUGGGCUACAUCAACACAGAGAGCGCCGUACGGGCCGUGUCCCACGUCAUCCCCGACACGCCGGCCCCCAAGGAGGAGUGUGCCCUGGAGAUCAUCCGGGCCGGGGCCCUGCGCCGCCGGGAGCUGCGCUACCCCGGGCCGGCCGUCGGCACCGCGCUGCUCCUGCACGGCCUGGCGCCCGAGCUGCUGGAGGGGCUGCUCCGCGGCAGCUACCGCCUGGAGAACGUGCGGAGAACGUAG